UCCGGUACGGUUAACAACUCGUAUCAAGGAUGAUCCGAUUAGCCGAGGUUAGGAACUUGUCCGUCGGCGUGACGCCGAUUGACCAAUGGCAGGCGGCCUGUUGCGCCGUCGCCACUACAGUCGGAGCCUAUGAGCACGUAGCUGUAGCGUACGUGAACGAAGGCUCGAACGCUUGAAAGAUAUCAAUGUGAGAAUAAUGGUUGAAAUUUCGCUUCGUAGCUGCAAUUUCGUUUGCCCCUUCGUUCGCAACGCGUUGAUCGUUCGCGCUGCUCUGGUGAUAUCCGACAGCGAGACGAUCGGCCUCGCAUAAUUUCAUCCGUCUUUGUAUUCCAGUGAAAAGUGUGCGUGCGCGUUGUGUUCCCUCGGAGUAGUUCGUGAUGCGCGAUCGACGAUUUGCAAAAGUACCCGGGUGAAAAGACAUUCGCCACCGUGAUUGUUCGUCGCUGCUUGUUCCUGGAGAUCCACCGGUGUUCUCAUAGAAUGCACGGGAAUAAAUUGCUGACCGACCGACACGUUUGAACGAGCGAAAAAAAUAAUAAACGCAGGAACACUCCGCGAGACCAAUUCGGCGCGUGUUUCAAAUCGCGUUAGUGGGAUCCCCUCGACGCCUAGUUAUGGCUAUACGCGACACCAAGGCAUUAGUUGUUAAACUUCGCCUGUUGGUUUGACCGCCAAGUUUCUCAGGGAUUCUCGUUGCAUGUUGCACGUUGAAAAGUCAAGGUUAUAUGCGAAUUAUGUGAAUAGCGACGAUUCUGUCUGGCGAUAGGAGAAUAUUAUAUACUGUUAGAAUGGAAGAAGAAAUAGUAGUAGAUGAUGUAGAUGAGAAUAGCAAUACGGAGGCUCCACAGUCAGACGACCCAACAACACCCGUUAUGCCUUUAUUAUAUAUCCAACAAAGUAAAUUACGCUCAGCACCACCAACAACCACUAAUCAGACUUUGGUUUCACCAAAUGCCACGCAAUUGGCUGCUAUUAUCAAUCCAGUUAAUAAUCAGAUUGUUACUGGACAGAACAAGGUAUUUAUACAAGGGCCAAGUCAGGUUACUACUUCUCAAAGUAAACAGCAUAUUGUAAUUCAUCGGCCCAUCAAUACUGUCAGUACCACAACCACUUCACAAGGUCAGAAACAUAUAUUGCUUAGAAAGUCUAAUACAUCCACUGCUCAGAUUGUGCCCUUAAGUACUUCUCAGGGAAAUCAAACUAAUGCACAAGCAGGCAAGCACACCUUUGCAUAUCUUGGAACUCUCAUCAAACCAAAUAAGUCACGUGAAUCUGUUGUUAUUCCAGCAGGAGCUCUAACUACGACUCAAAUAGCUAAACCAAAAUUAGUGAUAGCACCAGUUAUAUCGCAGUUAGCUCAAACUUCAACAAGCAGUACCACUGGAUCUCAAAGCCAAACUCCAAAACACAUGGCUAAUUUAUUAUUACCAGUCAGUAUACCCCCACAAGGUGGACCUACUAAGUCUAGCAUGUUUAAUUUAAAAAUUAACAAUGGCCAAAUUAAUACAGAAAAUAAAGGAACUAUUACAGUGUUACGGGAGUCGAAAACUACAAAUUCAGCUACACACCCACCUCCUUUGCAUCCUAUUGCAAAAAUGAGUUUACUAAACGCAAAUAAAGGAAACAAUAAUUCCACAGAUAGUAUAAAAAUUACAGAAAAUCCAGAUUCCGCAGUUAUUACCCCUAUCCCAAAAAAGGAUGAUAUUGGCAUGCCUGAAAAGCGAAAAAAAACGAUAAGCAAUAUAUUAAGAGGAUCAAGUGAAAAACGAUUGAAAAAGCAAACUCUUCCAAAAUCUCCCCAGGAAAGUAUAGUUGACGUAAGCUACGCAUUAAGUAGUCCCGAAUCAGAGCAAGAUAAAGACAAAAAAGUGCAAAAUGAUGAUGACAUUACUUUGAUCAAAGUAGUUCCUAGCGAAGAGAAAACUGUGAAGUUAACUAAUGCUAACAUGGAUGAUGAUAUAAAGAUUGAGAUUAUUAAAACACGCACAAGUUGUGGCAUUGAAUCAAUAACUGACAAUAAAAGUGAUACUAAGAUUAAUAUAAAUAAUCAUGAAGACUUGAAAGAUCAUUUGAAUACGACACAUCCGAAUGAUUCGAACUUCGAUGCGACGAAAGUUUUGGAUUGGAAGGAUGGUGUUGGAACCCUUCCUGGAAGUACAUUAAAGUUUUGUAUGAACGAGUUUGGGAUCAUGGAAGUAGUGGAUGAGGACGAAAAUAACAAACAAGGCAAAGAUUGCAUUGGCGACAAAGAGAAUGUUUGUUCGACACAAAAUUCUUCUAAAUCUAGUCCCGUAACUGUCAACAAUAUAAACAACGAGAAAAAACAGUUUAUUGUUACAGCCGACGAUAGGAAAUCAAGGACUGUUUCGGCAGACACAAUGUACCAUUGUGAAGGCUGUGGAUGUUACGGAUUGGCUGCAGAAUUUGAAAGUCCGAUAUCAUGUGGUCCAACAUGUACAGAAAUAAUAGAAGCCAAGAAACAGCCUGCAUUGCGAAAAGAAAAAGAGUUGAAGGAUUUACGCGCGAGGCGAAAACGCAAGAGAUUACUUCAAGAGCAGCAACAAUCUAAAGACAUGGAAGAUAAGUCCGAAGACAAAGGACAGGAUAAAGUGAAGUCUGAAACAGACGAGGAUACAAAAGAGUCUAUUACAGGAAUGGAUGAAGAGAGUCAAGGAGAUAUCGCUGAAUCGAAGUAUCCUUGGCAGACAGGAAAACUCGGAUUUUCAUGGUCCAAGUAUCUUGAACAUUGCAAAGCCAAAGCAGCGCCGGUUAAAUUAUUCAAAGACCCCUUUCCAUACGCUAAAAAUCAUUUCAAAGUUGGGAUGAAAUUAGAAGGAAUAGAUCCUGAACAUCCGUCACGAUAUUGUGUUCUAACAGUUGUUGAAGUAGUGGGUUAUCGAAUACGCUUGCAUUUCGAUGGAUACGCAGAAAAUUACGAUUUUUGGAUAAACGCAGAUAGUAUGGAUAUUUUCCCGGUCGGUUGGUCGGAAAAGAAUGGACAUCGAUUAGAUCCGCCGAAAGGUUACGUAGCUAGUAAUUUUAAUUGGAAUGCCUAUUUAAAAAUUUGUAAAGCUACCGCAGCGCCAAAAAAUAUAUUUUCAAACAAAAGUGUAAGUUCAGUGUGUCCAACUGGUUUUCGCGUAGGAAUGAAAUUAGAAGCGGUAGAUAGGAAGCAUUCUUCGUUGGUUUGCGUAGCAAGUAUAGCAGGCCUAAUGGAUUCCCGUAUAUUAGUUCAUUUUGAUUCUUGGGACGAAGUGUACGAUUAUUGGGCAGAUGCAAGUUCUCCGUACAUUCAUCCAGUGGGUUGGUGCCAUCACAAUGGUCACAGUCUGACGCCACCAAAUAACUAUAAAGACCCCAAAUCUUUCACAUGGGAUGCAUAUCUUAGAGAAACUCGCUCAAUGGUCGCACCAGCUAGAGCUUUUAAACAACGACCUCCUUGUGGAUUUAAGCGUGGAAUGAAAUUAGAAACAGUUGAUAAACGUGUGCCUCAACUCAUAAGGGUGGCAACAGUUGAAGACGUGAAAGAUCAUAUGUUGAAAAUACGUUUUGACGGAUGGCCAGAAAAUCAUGCCUAUUGGGUGGACGACGAUUCCCCUGACAUACAUCCCAUGGGUUGGUGUAUGAAAACUGGUCAUCCCUUAGAACCACCAUUAACGCCAGAUAAUUUAAAUGACAGACCUGAAUGUGGAACAUAUGGUUGCAAAGGAAUAGGACACGUAAAAGGGCCUAAAUAUGCAACGCAUAACUCUGCAUCUGGAUGUCCAUAUUCUCCUCAAAAUCUUCAUAAAGUUAGACAGUUAUCUGAUAGACUUAAUUUGAAACACGAGACUUGUGAUUUUGAAGAGGAUAUGCAGGACAGACCAAAACUAGAGAAAGCCGAUAAAAUAAAAAUGGAGAAGUCGGAGAAACCAUUGUUUUCGGACGAACGGUUGAUGAAGACUGAAAAAGACAUUAAGCAAGAAGAUGGGGACUUUUCCGACAAGAAUGAUAAAUCUGAAAAUUCAGAAAAGUACAAUAGAUCAAAACAUCAUCACAGUGAUGGGCAAACGGAUGACGAUGAACUUUUAAGAAAGAGGAAAAAGAGGCGACAGAUUUCAGAGGAACCUUUGUAUUCCCUCUCGAAUUCGUACGGUGACUCAUCGUUAACUACUAUACCUUAUGCUGCAAAUAUGCCUGAUAAACAGUUGCGUACUGAAUUGUAUCAAUCUGUUUACAAUCCUGGGUACAAUCCGUUACCGGAUUCGCCGCAUAUUUGGGCGAAACAUAGCAAUGCUUUAAACAGGGUAGUAGCAAAACAGAACACAAAUCCACGAAGAUGGUCGAAUGAAGAAGUCAUUAAAUUUAUACAAAGCGUACCCAACUGUAAAGAAAUUGGAAAUAUCUUUAGGCAACAUAAUAUUGACGGCGAAGCAUUUUUAAUGUUGACUCAAGAGGAUUUGGUAUCGCUACUGGGAUUACGUCUCGGACCUGCGAUUAAGUUGUACAACAGUAUAGUUCUUUUACGUCGAAGAGCAACGUGAAUGAUGUGCGAUGAACGCACAUACAAUUGGGUUCUGAAAAGUGCAAAGUGGCAGCUAUCAUGAUAAUUACGUCAAACAUAUUUAUUUUAAA